AUGGCGGGGCUGCGGGCCAGGCGGGGCCCGGGCCUGGGGCUGCUGGCGCUGUCCAUGCUGGGCUUCUGCCUAAUGCUGCAAGUCAGUGCCAAGAGGCCCCCCAAGGCGCCCCCCUGCCCGCCCAGCUGCUCCUGCACCAGGGACACCGCCUUCUGCGUGGACUCUAAGGCAGUGCCCAGAAACCUGCCCUCGGAGGUCAUCUCCCUGACGCUGGUGAAUGCUGCCUUCUCCGAGAUUCAGGAUGGAGCGUUUUCCCACCUGCCGCUGCUGCAGUUCUUGUUACUCAACUCCAACAAGUUCACCCUGAUUGGAGACAAUGCCUUCACAGGACUGUCGCACCUGCAGUACCUCUUCAUUGAGAACAAUGACAUCUGGGCACUCUCCAAGUUUACCUUCCGAGGACUCAAGUCCUUGACACACCUCUCACUGGCCAACAAUAACUUGCAGACACUGCCUCGAGACAUCUUUCGACCCCUGGACAUCCUGAGUGACUUAGAUCUCCGGGGCAACUCAUUCAACUGUGACUGCAAGGUGAAGUGGCUGGUGGAGUGGUUGGCACACAUCAACACUACAGUGGCCCCCAUCUAUUGCAACAGCCCGCCCCGCUUCCAGGAGCACAAGGUGCAGGAUCUGCCACUGCGGGAGUUUGACUGCAUCACCACGGAUUUCGUGCUGUACCAGACCCUGUCCUUCCCGGCAGUGUCAGCUGAGCCCUUCCUUUACUCCAGUGACCUUUAUUUGGCUCUGGCCCAACCAGGUGCCAGCGCCUGCACCAUCCUCAAGUGGGACUAUGUUGAACGACAGCUGCGAGACUAUGAUAGAAUCCCAGCCCCCUCGGCAGUGCACUGCAAGCCCAUGGUGGUGGACAGCCAGCUGUACGUGGUCGUGGCACAGCUGUUUGGUGGCUCUUACAUUUACCACUGGGAUCCCAACACCACGCGCUUCACCAAGCUGCAGGACAUCGACCCCCAGCGUGUGCGCAAACCCAAUGACCUAGAGGCCUUUCGCAUCGACGGGGACUGGUACUUUGCCGUGGCCGACAGCUCCAAGGCAGGUGCCACCAGUGUCUACCGCUGGCACCAGAAUGGCUUCUACUCCCACCAGGCCCUGCAUGCUUGGCACCGAGACACUGACCUUGAGUUUGUGGACGGUGAGGGUAAGCCCCGGCUGAUUGUGUCUAGCAGCUCCCAGGCACCAGUCAUUUACCAGUGGAGUCGCACCCAGAAGCAGUUUGUGCCCCAGAGUGAGGUGACCCAGGUGCCUGAUGCCCAGGCAGUGAAACAUUUUCGCGCCGGCCGUGACAGCUACCUUUGCCUCAGCCGCUACAUCGGUGACUCCAAGAUCCUGCGCUGGGAGGGCACCCGUUUCUCAGAGGUGCAGGCCCUGCCCUCCCGGGGCUCGCUGGCCCUGCAGCCCUUCCUGGUGGGUGGCCGCCGAUACCUGGCACUGGGCAGCGACUUCUCCUUCACCCAGAUCUACCAGUGGGAUGAGGGGCGGCAGAAGUUUGUGCGGUUCCAGGAGCUGGCUGUGCAGGCCCCUCGGGCCUUCUGCUACAUGCCUGCUGGGGAUGCCCAGCUACUUCUGGCCCCCAGCUUCAAGGGACAAACGCUUGUGUACCGACAUGUUGUGGUGGAUCUCAGUGCCUAG